CAGACAUCAUAAGUCAUGUUUUUGAAUAGUGUCAUUUUGCUGCAAAUUCUUUUGGCCCUUUGCCAUGGCGGUUUGGCCGAGAAAAUGAUGCGGCCUAAGUUCAAGGACAUCAAGAUCUGGAGUGAUGAGAAGAUGGUGAGCCACAAGGUGACCUACGACAAUUCGGAUCCGCACUUGAACUUUUCCAUGGAAGUGCACCAGGAGCUGCACGAUGUGGAUGUGCACUUGGAAGUGCGUAUAACUAACAAACUGGAUCCAUACUACACAACCGCUCUGAACACCACCAUGAAUGUUUGCCGAAUUCUCGGCUUUGCCAACAAAUCACCAGUGGGCCGUUUUGUGCACGGUUUCAUACGUGAAUACGGCAACAUUGUUGAGAGCUGUCCGAUCGCCAAGGGCUCAUACUUCAUCAACAAGUUCUGGUGGCCAGAAGAUCCAACAACGGCCAUUCUGCCUGAACUCGAGUUUGAUAUUCAGUUUGAGGCCCUGCAUCUGGAUGCCAGCAAGAAGCGCACGGUUAUCAUGAACGAUCACAUUACUGGCGAGUUCAAUGUUCAGGAUGUCAGCAACCUAAAGCCCGGUAUAUUCGCCAUGCUGCCCAAGACGAGCUAAACCAAAUAAUUCAUGCAACUUCAAUUUAACCCGUUUCUUUCUUUA